AUGUUGCUCCCUCACUGCCCGUGGCUCUUCCUAUUCUCUGUUUCUUUUCUCUCCCUGUCUGUAUCAGCCUACGAGGUCCCGGUGUCUGACAAAGACUAUGACCGCCAAAUAUGUUCGGGAAUGUGGGCGAACCAGAACACGUUCAUCAACGCCACCUUCGACAGUUCUUCGCAAGGCCAGCUGGCAAUGGUCAUUUACGAGUGGGGUGACAUGCCAUUCCUCGGGAAGGUAACAUCGACAGUGAACGACAUGCCUAAAACAUACGUCUGCACUUCUGAUGCGGUUAGAGGUGGUUAUUGCAUCAACUCCCAGCUCGGAAGAUUUAUUGUAGACCUGCCGGAGAGCAAGUCGCUUAAUGAGACAAGCUUCUGGUCAGCAAGAGUGAGCUUCCCCCGAAAUGGAACCGCUUCCAGAAUGUCGGAGUCUUCGGACGUUGCGUCCAGUGGUUUCUGGGAUAACCCGGAGGGCAAUCCAACCCCUCCCAAGGGAAACUACACUAGCCCUUGGCGUCGUGGUGUCGCGUCUGGUGUGCAUUUAAGGCGCGACGACGCUUUGAAUCCGAGCCCUUCCGGUAUUUUGUCUUACACUCAGCCAAUUCAAUACAAAGUGCGCAAGACUGGAUACUACUGUGUUGCAAUUGUUCCUGUCACUGUUCUCCCAAAUACUGCCCGACAGGCUUCUACCGACGUUCCUUACCAUCCUACUUAUACUGGCACUGUAUUCUUUCGCAACAAAUUCGAUGGCAAGCUGCCCGCAACAGACUAUCCCAAAGUCAACUUCUACUUUGCAAUGUUCAUCAUAUAUGCGGUGGUCGCAUGUGGAUGGUCAUGGCUCUGCUACAAGAACCUCCAGGAUCUCCUUCCCAUCCAGUACUACCUAUCCAGCCUGCUCGGUUUCUUGAUUAUUGAGAUGGUAGCAAACUGGGCGUACUAUCGGUAUCUCAAUGCACACGGAAGAGGUGCAGCAUCCACGGUCUUCCUCAUUGUUGUCGCCAUUUUGGACGCCGGCAGGAAUGCCCUGUCAUUUUUCCUGCUACUUGUUGUCUCUCUAGGACUUAGCGUUGUGAGGGAAAACUUGGGCAAAACAAUGAUCAAGUGCCAAGUGCUUGCUGUUGCGCACUUCCUCUUUGGAGUGUUGUACGCUGUUGGCAUCGUCGAGCUCGAGCUUGAGUCGACUUCCGCACUCAUCUUAUUGCUUUUUGUGGUCCCGUUGGCUUUCACCCUCAGCGGAUUCCUGCUUUGGAUUCUGUACGCACUCAACGCCACAAUUACACAGUUGGCCGCUCGCAAGCAGCAUUACAAGCUCUCGAUGUUCAGAUGGCUGCACCGUAUUCUCCUGCUGACAGUCCUUGUUAUUGCGAUCUUCUUUGUGGUUUCAUCUUUGACAUUCUCAGGACGUCUCGCCGAAGACUACGGCGCGAAGUCAUGGAAGGUACAGUGGUGGCUUCUCGAUGGCUGGCUUGCGCUCUUGUAUCUGGUGGAUUUCGCGGCAAUAGCCUGGUUGUGGCGUCCCUCGCCAAACAACAGAAGAUAG